GUGUGCGAGGACACACGCAGCCACAAACACACUGCAGCUUUCAGACAGCGAGAGGCCUCCAGCUCCUGAAACACUGGAUGGAAAUGUCUGACACGGUCAAACCUGUGACAUCCUUCCUCAUCGAGGACAUUCUUUCCAAUAAGGACAACACAAGAAUUAAUGGCAAAUACUGCACGCCGAAGACAGACAGAUGUUCACAGUGGAAGGAGGGAUCUGAAAACUGGUCAGCACAUCUCUGUCCUCAGAAAUCUGCAUUUGGAGUGCCAACAGAUUCUCUGGCCACAUCGUGCUCCAGCUCCCCAGAGUCAAGUCUCUCCUCUGCGGGGAAACAGAAGCGCUCCAGAGCUGCGUUCACACAUCUCCAGGUGCUUGAACUGGAGAAGAAAUUUAAUCACCAAAAAUACCUGUCCGCCCCAGAGAGGGCUCACCUUGCCAGCUCCUUAAGACUCACAGAGACCCAGGUGAAAAUUUGGUUUCAGAACCGGAGGUACAAAACAAAACGAAAGCAGCAGGCAUCAGAUUUCUGUAAGGACGUGUACAAAUCAGAUGGACUGGGACUGGGAGAGGAUUUGGUCAGAUCAUCACUAAUUACUUCCUUCUGCAAAGCCUAUCAAUAUGGACCCUACCUGUGGGACUACACCGGUGCCUGGGGCCCAAAGAUGUGGUGAAAAUAAGUGAUGACUUAGACUAAUAAAUCAGUGCUUAGUAUGUCUCAAUUUUAGGUUCUGUGUUUGCCUUAAAAGUUGAUUCUUUGUUAAUUGAAACAAAUUCAGAAUUUGCUGCACACUCCCAUUUCAACUUCAACGGGCUGACUGUUUUUGCCUACAAAAGUAUCCUAAAAAUCCCUCUACAUGCUGUAUGGACAUGACAUGGAUUUGUACAGUGAAAUAUGUCAUCAUUGAAUCAAGUUGUAGAAUUUUUGACUCAUUCAUUAAUAAAUUAUUUUUUAUACAAUUAA